UCUUUCUUUCUUUCUUUCUUCCUUUUGCAUCCAGAUGACUGCUAGUUUUGCUUAAAGUAGUUUUUUUUUUUUUCUUCUGGAAAUAGUAAAGCUGGAGUCUACCAGACUGAGGUUAGGAGCAUUUUCUUUGGCAACAAAAAGAUACUUUUAUAGAAGCCAUGCCUGUCCUUGGGGUUGCCUCAAAACUGAGACAGCCAGCUGUUGGGUCAAAGCCUGUUCAUGCUGCUCUUCCGAUACCGAAUUUUGGCAUCAGUGUGUCACAGCGCUGUUCUUCAAGACCUUUGGAAUUUGCUACACCGAAGCGUCCAAUGCUUUCUUGCCAGCUCACAUUAAAAUCAACCUGUGAGUUUGGAGAGAAGAAAGCCCUGCAGGGAACAGCCAAGGAGAUCGAAGACAGCAAGAUUUACACCGACUGGGCCAACCACUACCUGGCAAAAUCCGGCCACAAGCGGCUGAUCAAGGAUUUGCAGCAGGACAUUUCGGACGGGGUCCUUCUGGCCGACAUCAUCCAGAUCAUUGCAAAUGAGAAAGUCGAAGAUAUCAAUGGAUGCCCGAGAAGUCAGUCUCAGAUGAUUGAAAAUGUGGAUGUCUGCCUCAGUUUUCUAGCAGCCCGAGGAGUAAAUGUUCAAGGUCUAUCUGCUGAAGAAAUAAGAAAUGGGAACCUAAAAGCCAUCCUAGGGCUCUUUUUCAGCUUGUCGCGCUACAAGCAGCAGCAGCACCAUCAACAGCAACAGCAGCAGCAGCAGCAGCAACAGCAGCAGCACCAGCAACAACAGCAGUAUUACCAGUCCUUGGCAGAGCUUCAGCAGCGAGUGACCCACACAGCUCCUCAGCCAGAAGCCAGCCAGGCCAAACCCCAGCAAGAUAUGCAGUCCAGUCUGACAGCCAGAUAUGCAGCUCAGUCUAAACACAGUGGAAUUGCAACCAGUCAGAAAAAGCCUACUAGGCUUCCAGGGCCCUCGAGGGUGCCUGCUGCGAGCAGCAGCAACAAGGCUCAGGGGGCCUCCAAUCUCAAUAGGAGAAGUCAGAGCUUUAACAGCAUUGACAAAAACAAGCCUCCAAAUUAUGCAAAUGGAAAUGAAAAAGAUUCCCCCAAAGGACCUCAACCAUCUUCAGGUAUAAAUGGAAACACACAGCCUCCCAGUACUUCCGGGCAACCCCCAGCCUCUGCCAUCCCUUCCCCAAGUGCCAGCAAGCCCUGGCGCAGCAAGUCCAUGAAUGUCAAGCACAGUGCCACCGCCACCAUGCUGACAGUGAAGCAGCCAAGCCCAGCCACGUCUCCCACGCCAUCUUCAGACAGACUGAAGCCCCCUGUCACAGAAGGGGUCAAAAGUGCACCUUCGGGACAGAAAUCUAUGCUUGAAAAAUUCAAGCUGGUUAAUGCCCGGACAGCAUUGCGCCCCCCUCAGGCCCCCAGUUCCGGAACUAAUGAUGGUGGGAAAGAAGACGAUGCCUUUUCUGAAUCAGGAGAAAUGGAAGGUUUUAACAGUGGUCUGAAUAGCGGUGGCUCGACAAACAGCAGCCCCAAAGUGUCGCCUAAAUUAACCCCUCCAAAAGCAGGGAGCAAAAAUUUCAGCAAUAAAAAGUCUUUUCUACAGCCAAAAGAAAAGGAGGAAAAGAACAGGGACAAGAAUAAAGCCUGCGCUGAAAAGUCAGGAAAAGAAGAGAAGGACCAGGUGACAGAGGCAGCUCCCAAAAAGACCUCUAAAAUCGCAAGCUUGAUUCCAAAGGGCAGCAAGACCACGGCGGCCAAGAAGGAAAGUUUGAUUCCAUCGUCCAGUGGAAUUCCAAAGCCAGGCUCAAAGGUGCCCACGCCAAAGCAAACGAUUUCACCUGGCAGUGCAGCAAUUAAAGAGUCUGAGAAAAUCAGGACUAGCAAGGGAAGCUCUUCUCAGGCCUUCUCAAAGGCCAUCACUAUGGAGAAAGCCAGCACAGCCAGCCUCUCUACUCCUCUGGAGGGGAGGGACGCUGGGCAAGCAUCUGCCUCCAGCUCCUGUGUUAUGCAGGGAGCACACAGCAGUGGACAGAGCCCUGGCAACGGAGCUGUCCAUCUCCCUCAACAGCAACAGCACAGUCAUCCCAACAUGGCCACGGUGGCUCCGUUCAUUUAUAGGGCACAUUCAGAAAAUGAAGGCACCUCCUUACCGCCUGCUGACUCCUGUACUAGCCCUACAAAGAUGGAUUCUUCCUAUAGUAAGACGGCUAAGCAAUGCCUGGAAGAGAUAUCUGGUGAAGACCCUGAAGCGCGGAGAAUGCGCACAGUCAAGAACAUAGCAGAUCUGAGGCAGAACUUGGAAGAGACAAUGUCCAGUCUUCGAGGAACCCAGAUAAGCCACAGCACCCUGGAGACAACAUUCGACACUACUGUGACAACCGAAGUGAAUGGAAGGGCCAUCCCCAAUCUGACAAGCCGACCUACCCCCAUGACCUGGAGACUGGGUCAAGCGUGUCCUCGCCUACAGGCUGGAGAUGCCCCCUCCAUGGGUGCUGGAUAUUCUCGAAGUGGCACCAGCCGAUUCAUCCACACGGACCCCUCCCGGUUUAUGUAUACAACGCCUCUCCGCAGAGCUGCUGUCUCGCGUCUGGGAAACAUGUCACAAAUAGAUAUGAGUGAGAAAGCAAGCAGUGACCUGGAUGUGUCUUCUGAAGUGGAUGUUGGUGGAUACAUGAGCGAUGGUGAUAUCCUUGGGAAGAGUCUAAGAGCAGAUGACAUCAACAGUGGGUACAUGACAGAUGGUGGGCUCAACCUAUAUACUAGAAGUCUUAACCGAGUCCCAGACACAGCAACUUCCAGGGAUGUCAUACAGAGAGGAGUUCACGAUGUGACAGUGGAUGCAGACAGCUGGGAUGACAGCAGUUCCGUGAGCAGUGGUCUCAGUGAUACACUUGAUAAUAUUAGCACAGAUGACCUCAACACCACGUCCUCCAUAAGUUCUUACUCCAACAUCACUGUCCCCUCCAGGAAAAACACUCAGCUGAAAACUGAUGCAGAGAAACGUUCGACAACAGAGGAGACCUGGGAUAGUCCGGAGGAUCUGAAGAAAAGUGAGGAAGAUUUUGACAGCCAUGGGGAUGGAGGCGCCAAGUGGAAGGGUGUUGCUUCUGGACUUGCUGAAGACUCAGAGAAGACAGGGCAGAAAUCUGGCCUGUCCAUGUCUCAGACGGGCUCCUGGAGGAGAGGCAUGUCUGCCCAGGGAGGAACACCAGCUAGGCAGAAAGCCAGCACAAGUGUACUCAAGACCCCGGGGAAGACAGAUGAUGCCAAAGCUUCUGAGAAAGGGAAAACUCCUCCUAAAGGAUCAUCUUUGCAAAGGUCUCCUUCAGAUGCAGGGAAAAGCAGCGGGGACGAAGGGAAAAAGCCACCCUCAGGCAUUGGAAGAUCGACAGCCAGCAGUUCUUUUGGAUAUAAGAAGCCAAGUGGUGUAGGAGCCUCUACUAUGAUUACCAGCAGCGGUGCUACCAUAACAAGCGGUUCAGCUACACUGGGAAAAAUCCCCAAAUCCGCUGCCAUUGGAGGGAAGUCCAAUGCAGGAAGGAAAACCAGCCUGGACGGGUCCCAGAAUCAAGAUGAUGUUGUCCUGCAUGUAAGCUCGAAGACCACGCUCCAGUACCGCAGUUUGCCCCGCCCUUCUAAGUCCAGCACCAGCGGAAUCCCUGGGAGAGGCGGUCACAGAUCCAGCACUAGCAGCAUUGAUUCCAAUGUCAGCAGCAAGUCAGCUGGGGCCACCACCUCCAAACUGAGAGAACCCACUAAGAUCGGCUCAGGGCGCUCCAGUCCAGUCACAGUCAACCAAACAGACAAAGAAAAGGAGAAAGUAGCAGUGUCGGAUUCAGAGAGCGUUUCCUUGUCAGGUUCCCCCAAAUCCAGCCCCACCUCUGCCAGUGCCUGUGGUACUCAAGGGUUCAGACAGCCAGGGUCCAAAUAUCCAGAUAUUGCCUCGCCUACGUUUCGAAGGUUGUUCGGUGCCAAGGCAGGUGGCAAAUCUGCCUCUGCACCUAAUACUGAGGGGGUGAAAUCCUCCUCGGUAGUGCUCAGCCCUAGUACCUCUUUAGCCCGACAAGGCAGUCUGGAGUCACCGUCGUCCGGUACGGGAAGCAUGGGCAGUGCUGGUGGGCUGAGCGGCAGCAGCAGCCCUCUCUUCAAUAAACCCUCAGACCUAACUACAGAUGUUAUAAGCUUAAGUCACUCCUUGGCUUCCAGCCCAGCGUCGGUUCACUCUUUCACAUCCGGUGGGCUUGUGUGGGCUGCCAAUCUGAGCAGUUCCUCUGCCGGCAGCAAGGACACUCCAAGUUACCAGUCCAUGACUAGUCUCCAUACGAGCUCGGAGUCCAUUGACCUGCCCCUCAGCCAUCAUGGCUCCCUGUCUGGACUGACCACAGGCACUCACGAGGUGCAGAGCCUGCUCAUGAGAACGGGUAGUGUGAGAUCUACUCUCUCAGAAAGCAUGCAGCUUGACAGAAAUACACUGCCCAAAAAGGGACUAAGAUACACCCCAUCAUCUCGGCAGGCCAACCAAGAAGAAGGCAAAGAGUGGCUUCGUUCGCACUCCACUGGCGGCCUGCAGGAUACCGGCAGCCAGUCUCCCUUGGUCUCCCCUUCUGCCAUGUCAUCUUCAGCCACAGGAAAAUACCACUUUUCCAACUUGGUGAGUCCCACCAACCUGUCUCAGUUUAACCUGCCUGGGCCCAGUAUGAUGCGAUCCAGCAGCAUUCCCGCCCAGGACUCCUCCUUUGACCUCUAUGAUGACGCCCAGCUUUGCGGUAGCGCCACUUCUCUGGAGGAAAGGCCACGUGCCAUCAGCCACUCAGGCUCAUUCAGAGACAGCAUGGAGGAAGUUCACGGCUCCUCGCUGUCACUGGUCUCUAGCACAUCAUCCCUUUACUCUACGGCUGAAGAGAAGGCUCAUUCAGAGCAAAUCCAUAAGCUACGGAGAGAACUGGUUGCCUCCCAGGAGAAAGUUGCUACCCUCACGUCACAGCUGUCAGCAAAUGCUCAUCUCGUAGCAGCUUUUGAAAAGAGUUUAGGGAAUAUGACUGGCCGUUUGCAAAGUCUAACCAUGACAGCGGAACAAAAGGAAUCUGAACUUAUAGAACUACGGGAAACCAUUGAAAUGCUGAAGGCCCAGAACUCUGCUGCCCAGGCAGCCAUUCAGGGUGCGCUGAAUGGCCCAGACCAUCCUCCCAAAGAUCUCCGCAUCAGAAGACAGCACUCCUCUGAAAGUGUUUCUAGUAUCAACAGCGCCACAAGCCAUUCCAGCAUUGGCAGUGGUAAUGAUGCCGACUCCAAGAAAAAGAAGAAGAAAAACUGGCUGAGAAGUUCUUUCAAGCAAGCCUUUGGAAAGAAAAAGUCCACCAAGCCGCCUUCCUCGCAUUCGGACAUUGAAGAGCUGACAGACUCGUCCCUGCCAGCUUCCCCGAAGCUACCCCACAAUGCUGGCGAGAGUGGCCCAUCAUCCAUGAAGCCCUCGCAGUCAGCCUCAGCGAUCUGUGAGUGCACUGAGGCCGAGGCCGAGAUCAUUCUGCAGUUGAAGAGUGAGCUCAGAGAGAAGGAAUUAAAGUUAACAGAUAUAAGGCUGGAGGCCCUCAGCUCCGCUCACCAUCUCGAUCAGAUCCGGGAAGCCAUGAACCGGAUGCAGAACGAAAUUGAAAUAUUGAAGGCUGAAAAUGACCGGCUGAAGGCAGAGACUGGAAACACAGCUAAACCUGCCAGGCCCCCCUCUGAGUCCUCAAGCACAGCCUCUUCUUCUUCCUCCCGCCAGUCCUUAGGGCUUUCACUCAACAACCUGAACAUCACAGAGUCUGUUACCUCAGAUAUUUUGCUAGAUGACACUGGUGAUGCAACUGGACAUAAGGAUGGCCGCAGUGUGAAAAUUAUAGUCUCCAUCAGCAAGGGCUACGGUCGAGCCAAGGACCAGAAGUCUCAGGCAUAUUUGAUAGGAUCCAUUGGUGUUAGUGGAAAAACUAAAUGGGAUGUCUUAGAUGGUGUCAUUAGGCGUCUCUUUAAGGAAUAUGUGUUCCGAAUUGAUACCUCCUCUAGUCUUGGUCUGAGCUCUGACUGUAUUGCUAGCUACUGUAUAGGAGAUUUAAUUAGAUCUCAUAACCUAGAAGUGCCUGAACUGCUACCUUGUGGAUACCUGGUUGGAGAUAAUAAUAUCAUCACUGUGAACCUGAAAGGGGUAGAAGAAAAUAGUUUGGACAGUUUUGUUUUUGAUACACUGAUCCCUAAACCAAUUACCCAAAGGUACUUUAACCUGCUAAUGGAGCACCACAGAAUUAUACUCUCAGGACCCAGUGGUACUGGAAAGACCUAUUUAGCAAACAAACUUGCUGAAUAUGUAAUAACCAAAUCGGGAAGGAAAAAGACAGAAGAUGCAAUUGCUACUUUUAAUGUGGACCACAAGUCAAGUAAGGAAUUGCAGCAGUAUCUUGCCAACUUGGCUGAACAAUGCAGUGCAGACAAUAAUGGGGUAGAGCUUCCUGUUGUAAUAAUUCUGGAUAAUCUUCACCAUGUGGGCUCUUUGAGUGAUAUCUUCAAUGGUUUUCUCAAUUGUAAAUACAACAAAUGUCCUUAUAUUAUUGGAACCAUGAACCAGGGAGUCUCUUCAUCGCCAAAUUUAGAACUACAUCACAAUUUCAGGUGGGUAUUAUGUGCAAACCACACAGAACCUGUGAAAGGCUUUUUAGGCAGGUAUCUUCGAAGGAAACUGAUAGAGAUGGAAAUUGAAAGGAAUAUUCGUAAUAAUGACCUAGUCAAAAUUAUAGACUGGAUUCCUAAGACGUGGCAUCAUCUCAAUAGUUUUUUGGAAACACACAGUUCUUCUGAUGUCACCAUUGGUCCUCGACUUUUCCUUCCUUGCCCCAUGGAUGUGGAAGGUUCCAGGGUGUGGUUCAUGGAUCUUUGGAAUUAUUCCUUGGUACCUUAUGUUCUGGAGGCAGUGAGGGAAGGCCUUCAGAUGUAUGGGAAACGUGCCCCGUGGGAAGAUCCCUCCAAGUGGGUCCUUGACACGUACCCAUGGGGUUCUGCAUCCUUGCCUCAGGAAGGUCCAACGUUACUGCAGUUGCGACCGGAAGAUGUUGGCUACGAGGCCUGCACAUCUACAAAGGAAGCCACAACGUCAAAGCACAUCCCCCAGACCGAUACAGAAGGGGACCCCUUGAUGAAUAUGCUAAUGAAACUCCAAGAAGCGGCCAAUUACCCUGGCACACAAAGCUGUGACAGCGAUAGCGUCAGCCACCUCGAAGACAUUUUGGAUACAUCUAUUGAAUCCACCCUCUAAAGGGGGAAAGAGUUAGGCAAAGAACUAUGCUUUUCAAAAGGUAUUUCAAAAGACAGGUAUUGUCACUAAACCACUGCCAGGAUGAAAGUCCCCUGUCCAGGGUCCUGACCCAGAGUUGUGGUAUCCACGGAGGCAGCAGAAUUAGGUUGGAACUGCCAAGAUGCUAAAUUGAAAUGGGAGCUUAAGUUUAUUUUAUUCCUAGGCAUUUGUAUAACCAUGGAGUUGCAACAGCUCUAUUGCUCGACUGGAAAGGGCCCUAAAGAGGGGCAGCCGAGUAGAUUAUACGCGGGAUAGUGAGACUGGACUUUAUUUUCUUCCUCUUUCAAAGUUUACAGUGCAGGCCUAAUUUUUCUUUCUCUUUUUCUUUUUUGUGCCUUUCUUUUGUGUCCUCGGGGCGGAGGCUGCCCUUCUCAGGCCGGAUCCUUCUGAUCCGUGGAACUUCCUUCGUGCCACAUGGUGCUGGUGACAGGGCCCCAGUAGAGUUCGUGUUGUGCGCUCACUCACUGCAGAAUGAACCCAAGAGGCCAGUCCUCCCUAAGCACAAAGGGAAUUGUGCUCCCCCCACAAAAUAAAAUCGCCUGUGGCAGACAGAAGGGCCAGCUUCCUUCUAACUGCCGUGCCCUCCUGAAGGGCGCUACCCUCUCUUAGGGUAUGAGUCAUGGGUUUUAUAAGGUUGUUUUUACCACAGUGGUCUUUUCAAACCACCCGCCAACUCCCUGAACCAGAGUUUUAUACCAAUUAUUAGUGAACACUGAUGAAAGGCUUUUUAGGGCUUUAUUUGUUUGAGCCUUUUCAGUGAAAGAAGGAACAUUUUCUAUGGUGCUGUCUCACUGCCUUAAACCAGAUUUCUCCAACAGUUUCAACAGUUCGUUUCAAUGCUAAACCAUUGGUAAUUUCCACUGUCUCUUCAUUGACAGCCAAGCAACACGCCAGUUAACACAGCAGCCUCAUUUUCUGUAUAUCAUCUUUUUUUUUUUA